UAUGACCGAGCAGAAGAUGCUCUUAACGCCCUUGGCUACGACUGCAAAACACGAAGGCUCGACGGCAACUUCUUUUCCGUAGGUACAACGUCGUUCGAAAAGUACAUAUGCUCAUGCAAGGACGAGCGCAAAAAUCAGCAAGGAGGGACAUGGAUCCAGGAUAUACCUACUGUACUGCCCUCGCGUACAGCCAAGAGCGAAGCUAGUCAGUCGCAAAUCCAGACGGUGGAGACUGGAGAGGAGGCUAUGCGGCGUCAGAAAAGCGAAGAGGAUGAGCGCAGGAUGGAAAGUAUGACAGAAGUGGAGAUUGCGUAG